AUGCUUAUUUUACCUAAAUCUUCGUUAAUAUUAAAGAUUUGGAAUAAGAUUUUUGAACAUUCGAUAUGGUCUUUAUAUCUAGAAAUUUUAGCACUUUUUCAAGAGAUCAAGAUGCGCCAACAGGCAUUUAUGAAGGCUUUUAACGCUGGUGAUCCAAAAGGAGCCGCAGCUAUCUAUGAUCCGGACGGUUAUUUUAUGCCAAAUGGACGUCACCCAGUCAAAGGACGUGCCGGCAUUGAAGAGUACUUCAAAGAAGAUAUGGCAGAUGGUGUUCAGACUGCUCAGAUUAUAACUGAGGAAGUGAAUGGGAGCGAUGAUUGGGCGUUUGAGAGAGGAAGCUAUCACUUAGAUGGAACUCGCGGUAGAGAGAGUGGAGCAUAUCUCCAAGUUUGGAAGAAGGUCGACGGUGAAUGGCUCAUUCACAACGACUGCUUCAACGUAGUGAAGGCGGCUGAUAAGUAG